GGCCCUCUGCUGAGGCGGACCUUGGUUACUAGAGGAGGCGGACGAUGCGAUGGAUGUGCGUGGGGCGCCGGCGUUGCUCUAUGAUCUUUGGCUGCUGCUGGUCGCAUGUGGCUGCAUGGGUGUUGCUCAGGGUGGAAAUCACUUGACCUCUGAAUCCUGGCUACAAUCAGUGAGUCUGAACAGAAGUAUUGUCAAGAAUGGAUUUCACCGAGAGCUUGUGAUAGACGUUCGGCUUGGUGAUGGUGCCCACCCUGACUGCUGCAUUAUGAUCGAGGAGCAAUUACCCCGAGGGCUUUAUGUAGAUCCAUAUGAGCUUGCGUCACUACAUGAACAUGGUGCAAAGAUAUUUGUUCAGAAGGGGAUCGACAUUGAAGCUCCAGAAUAUUUAUCAACUGCACACAUGGUUAUCAUCUACCUUAAUCCCAACACCAGCAACCCUGGGCAUUUUACUGGCAAAGUCCCAAUGCAUGUACGAUACCAUCGUCCAACUGAUGUGGAGGAAACAAAUACAUUGGUGAUCCUCACAAAUCCACGCUUGAUGAUUCACUGCCAGAGAGAUAAUCUGGUGCAGGCAAGUUGGAACCCCAGUGUGUCGGAGCUUCCAUGCUCAUUGAAAAGCCCCAGUACCUUACGAUGGGUGAAUGUUACCUAUCAGAAUGUUGGAGAAAUCUUAACACUGCAGGUUCCUGUUGGGCAGAAGAAGCAUGCAUUGAUUGUUACUGCUGCAACAUUACUGGCUACCAUUUUGGGCUGCACUCUUCUUUUGAAAGUUGUAUGGAAACACGGCCAGUUUGAAUCCUAACAUAAAAGCAAUGGACAGCUGUUAAAAGGUGAAGGUACCAUCCUGGCUAUUACUGGAAUGGUUUCAACUGGAUUACUGUGGAUUUGGCCAUGAAAGUAAUGGUUGUCAUAGAUACUGUGGUUUAAUGACCUCCGAGAUAUUUGCGUCUUUUGUGAUGACACGUUUUUCUGUACUUGGAACAAGCCUGGCUGCAUUACAUUACAGGAACAAUUUAGAAUAUAAAAUGUGUAGGUUACAACAAACUGCAGAUGCUCGUUUACACCAAAGAUAGACACAAAAUGCUGGAGUAACUUGGUGGGUCAGGCGGCAUCUCUGGAGAAAGGGAAUAUGAUGACGUUUCGGGUCGAACCCCUUCCUCAGACUUGUCUGACUUCUGCUUCCAUUGAGAAGAUUCCCCAAUGGGUGUACAAAAUUGAGGAAUUGUACGCACCACAUUGUAAUCAUUUUUUUCUACAAAUGUGCUUACAGUUGUGUACGUACCAGUUUAUAUAACUUUACUCUCCCUUGCUCUAUUUUUCAUUGGCUAUGAUUUUGAGCAAAAAUACUAUGAAUAGUAAGUCCAACCUCUAGCAAAAUUGGAGCUCUAUCCCCAGACUGUAAGUAUUCCUUUUGAGAAUUUAUACAGGUGUUCUGAAUAUUACAGGCAAAUACACUUCCACCAUUCUCUCAGACAAUGUAUUUGUCUCAAAAUA